GAUGGUCUGUCACAUUAUUUCUCACUGACACCGUCUGAGCGGAGGAGCACCACGCCAAGAUCAGCUCAAAAACACUUCAUAACGCACAGCUCCACUCAGCUCCGGUGUUUUUAAUCUGUGUUUUCUGGCGUGGAAUCGUAGAGGAGGAAGAGGGGGAAUUGUAUAAGCCGAAAGGAAAUGCCAAUCGCCACUACUGGUCAUUCAGCAUCUCGAGAGCCCCGCGUCUGUUCCCCGGACCCCGUUCCCAAGCGUGCUGAUUUAUGCGAGGACGCAGGGGCCCAGCCAGCGGAAUACGGGGGUUCGGAGGGGGGCCACAGCCUGGGCAGCACUAGACUUUCUGGAGCGCUUGAGAGCUCCUCUGCGACGUCUCAUUCCCCUCCCACUUCCCCUUUCCACCACCACCAUCAUCAUCAUCAUCACUCCUAUCCAGUGACUAUGGAGCCACCCAGGACUCGAUCACGGUCGCGGUCUGGAUUUUACCACGGUGGAUUAUCUAACUCGAACGGUAAUGCUGGGAGUGGCGGUGGUGCGUUAAGUCCAGCUGGAGGAAUAAGCCAUCAUCAUCACCACCACCACCACCAACACCAACAGCAGCAGCAGCAGUUCGGAGCUGCUCAUGGACACAUGGAAAACCUGCGCCCACCCGGGAGCAUGCUUUCCCCAGGCGCCCACAGACACGCAGGGCCUGGAAUGCACAGAAACUCCGGAGCAGGUGCAAUGGGAGGAGUAUACCACUAUCAUUCAGAGCAUGCGUGUGCAGACGCCACUGACAAGACGGAGGAUUCUCCUAGUCCGAAGAGACAGCGUCUUUCCCAGCAGUCUGUAUUGGAGUUUACCUCGGCCCCUCCUUCCACGCCCUCACCACCAAUCAGACCAUGGGAGCUUCCGCCCAGUCGCAGGCCACACCCCUAUCCCCACCCACACUACCACCCCGAGCGCUGCCACACACCUGCACGGCACAGACGCAGUCCUCCAGUGCGGCGUCAGCGUGGUCGACGAGAGCGUCUGUCACGGCACCAUCCCCCUCAUGGUUCCCCGGGUGGGGGGCAGGAUGAAAACUACCGCCACCCUCCUCACCCACAUUCUCUUCAUCCCUACGGCCAGCCACCAUCCCACCCUCCACCCGGCCUUGACGAGCCCCGGGCCUUUCACCCACCCACGCUCUCGCCACGGUUAUUGCACCCGCCGCAGCAGGGCGCCAUGGUGAUGGACCUCCAUGAGCAGCUCCCUCAGGGUACAGUGCCAGUAUCAUAUACAGUUUCUCCAGUGCCGCCCCAUGGUCUACCCGCUCCCCUCUGCACAGGACAGCAUCUCCCAGCAUGCUCUUCUCAGCAGCAGGUCCCUGCCUGUUCUGUGGUCUUCAGUGGACAGCAACACUAUCCAAUCUGUAGCGUACCACCUCCAAUGUUGCCGGCAUGUUCGGUGCAGCAUUUGCCAGUGCCGUACGCAUUUCCUUCUCUUCUCUCCAGCGAUCCACCCUUCCUCCUCCAUCCUCCGCAUCUGUCACAUCAUCCGGGCCACCUCCCCAAUCCUGGACAGUUCUUACCCUUCCAGACACAACAGUCUCGAUCUCCGCUGCAAAGGAUAGAGAAUGAGGUGGAGUUGUUGGGGGAUCACCUGUCGGUAGGUGGAGGGUUUAACUAUCCUCACUCUGGCCAUCCAAGUCCUCUGCCCCCUUCCACCCCACUACAGUUCCUCUCCCAUGAACCUCUGCACCAGGAGCUCUUUGGUGUGCCGUAUCCCCACUUCAUGCCUCGGAGAAUCACCGGCAGACGCUACCGCUCUCAGCAGGCCGUACCUCCGCCACCGUACCACCCAAGUCUGCUGCCCUACUUCCUGUGGUUCAGAUCUGUUCUUCCAGUCCAGCCAACAGCAGUGGGUCCCGCCAUUAGCUUAGAGCUGGAUGUAGAUGAUGGAGAGGUUGAGAAUUAUGAGGCUCUGUUAAACCUUGCCGAGCGGCUCGGAGAAGCGAAGCCUAGAGGGUUGACGAAAGCCGAUAUCGAACAGCUGCCUUCCUACAGAUUCAACCCCAGCAACCAUCAGUCUGAGCAGACUUUGUGUGUAGUGUGCAUGUGUGAUUUCGAGUCUCGUCAGCUGUUGAGAGUACUGCCCUGUAAUCACGAAUUCCAUGCCAAGUGUGUCGACAAAUGGCUCAAGGCUAACAGAACCUGUCCUAUUUGCCGAGCAGAUGCCUCUGAAGUCCAGCGGGAUUCCGAGUGACGCUGCUCACCGAACACUCGCACACACAUUUACAUACAUGCACACCACUAAACACUUCUGUCAUUCUCUUACCCUGUUACAUUCAAUUAACUUCCAAAUGCUAAAUUACUCCUCACACACAGAUGACUGCUGCAAAUGAUUUUUGAGAACUUUGAAUCAAAAACAUUGUUUGAUAUUCAACUAUGAAUAUCCAACUAACUGAGACACACAUACACACAAACACACGUCCUGUUGGUUGUUUGAUCAUUAAUUCUUUUGAGUGGAAGUCCAAAGAUUAUGGUUCAUAUUAUCAUUCUGGUUAUGUUUUGGUUCUUUUUUUGGUUGUUUAAUAUAUAAAUAUAUAUAGUUUAGUUCUCCCCUUUGGGGGUGGGUGUUGGUAUGUUGCAGUCUUGUGUGAAUGAGUGUGUGUAUGUGCACUAACAUUCCCGGCUAUGUGAGCACACCGUGGUGUGGUGGUCUUUACGAAGGUUAAUGUUGUGAUCAUGGGCUUUUAUAUUUUACCAACAAAUAUAGCUAUAUAUAAAUAUGUAUGUAUCAAUAUAGAGGGAAAAAUGACAAAAUUCAGAAUUUUUUUUAAUAGGAAAAAAAAUUGUCUUCAAAAAAUGGAACAAAAGAUUGCAUAAGAUUCAAAUUAUAUCUAUACAUAAAGAGGGGCUUUUGGGUGGGUCUUGCUCAAUUAUGAUUUAGCAGUCUUUAUAGAAUUGGAAAACUGUGAGGUGUGUGUGUGCUUUUGCGUGAAAGAGUGUGUGUAUUAGAGAAUCAGUUGUUUGUUAUUUAUCCCAUAUGUGUGGUACAGAACACUGGCUUGUCACUCUCACUUUUAUUCUCGUCUGGGAUUGGCUGAGGAUGUGCACUGACAUGACGUGAUUGGUUUGGAGGGGCAGUGGAAUAUUCUCAAAGUUCAUAGAUGUAUCCUGCUGCAAUGUUUUUUUUUUUUGUUUGUUUUGUUGUUGGGUUUUUUUUUGCCACCGGUCACAUUUUUCAAUAGUAUUGCAAUUUACAAAACAUAACAAUUCAAAUAUGUAUUCCUAAUCCAUAUCCAGUCCUGCAGAUUGAUUGUGUAGACUAAUUACCACUGUUAUCAUUAAGCACUUAAGGCACCAUAGUUUAAUGUUUGAUGGCUGCGUAGGCACCGAUUAAAUCCUGGUAUUUGCCUUAAGUCUGGCAUCUCUUAAGUGAUUCACCAUCUUUUUAAGCCCAAGCUGAAUUAAAAUUUUUGCCUAUGAAAUUCGUUUUAUGCCCGUUAACCCUGUAGCAGUGUUGCCCACAGUACUCACGAGUUUAACAAAAAUUAGCUCUAAUUUUGAAUUUGGGUCAUUUGGUUUCGUAUGCCUUUCCUUUAGUAAUCGGGGAUGCCUUUUCGAAGAGGACCGAGAUUAUAUCAUAGCGUUUGGGCUUCUUUAAAAAAAGAAAAUGCACAGAUUCUGCAGGACAACAGGGAGGGAAACACACACACACACACACACGCGCAAAGAGAGAGAGACAGAUCCCUUGUGAAUUGUGGUGUUUUAAAUACCUUCCCUUCAUUCCCAAAAGGCUCUCCUGGUCUUGGUAAAUGGUUUAAUUCUGUUUAAGUCUUUUCAUUUGUCGUUUUGCUCUCUCACUGCCCUCUCUAUACAGUUAGCUGUUCUUUUUUUUUUAAACGGCCUUCCAGUGCACCCACUCAUACAGCCUCCAUAAGGCUUUUAUAGCCAUUCAUAGCCAUGUGCGUUACUUUAUAAUGAAUGCCUGAGAUGAACAUGAAUUAGAUGGGUGUUUGUAUGUGUAUGAUUGUUUUGUCAUGCAUUAUCAUUAUGAAUGGAUAUAACUGCCUCUGUUGUGCAUUAUGUAGGCUCUAUGACUGGUGUAGAAAGUGUCAUAUGAAUUCUGUAAUGUAGUCUCAGAGCCUGCAGUGUCUUAAUGAGAGAUGCCUUUAAAACAUUUUCCAGUGUUGUCCGCUUUAGUGUCAUAAGUCGAAAUCAUGGCGACCAGAAAAUUAUGAAUCCUUUAUUCUUUUCAAACAACAAAUGUGCAUUACCUUACUUAACUAUUGUCAUUCUGUGUUAUAGGAGUUUUAUUUCUCCCCUGCUUGGUACAAUAGCAGUUACCUCAGUUUUACUAUUUAUGUUUUUUUUUUUUUUUUUUUUUCCUUAUUCUUUUGCAAAACCAAUAAGAGAGCUUAUGAAUUCUCUUGCGUUUGUUUAUUGGUUGUUUUAAUUCUUACCAUUAAAAAUACAAUUGUAUCAUUUAACAUGUUGUAGUUUCAUAUGUAUAAUAUCUGUAACCAAAAUCAUUUGAAGGCUUGAUAUAAAAACAUUUUUAACAAACA